AGCUGUUUGCAAAACUAAUGUCAAUCGCAAAAAUUUCGCCACUUCCUUGACCAAAACGGAAAUCGAUGUAACAACGCGUCCUGGACGCUCAUAGGCGCUGAGACAGCUUUGAAUUUGACUUUCUCUAUCACCUAUACACUAUGGUCAACCGAAGAAUCAGCAACGAUAUCAAAGAAUGUGCCAUUCGACUCUGGGACAAUGGAUGGGAGUUGGAGGAUAUAAGUGAAGUACUUGGUAUUAGUGGGAGGAGCUGCUACCGCUGGCGACGGAUAUUCGAGGAGCCGGGCCAAGCUGGGCCAAAGUGACGGCCUGACCAUGGCUUUGGCCCGGCU